UGCAGCUCCACCAUACUCAUACCGGGCACGCGACCUGUCUCUGCUGCCUCUCUUGCCUCUCGCCCACAGCCUUCGUCCCCUAAAAAUGAGGCAUGAUGAAUACGAUGAGCGCUCGCCGCUCCUGGAGAAUGGACAUGCCGAAUAUGGCCCCGAUCACCGCGAGGAAAUCACUCUCUCGAAGGAAGACAACCCGCGCGCAUGGCCGAGACGCAAGAAGCUUGCCAAUGUCGCCGUCAUCGCCGCAAUGGCAGUCACCAGCCCACUCGCGAGCUCAAUGUUCACUCCAGGCAUGGACGAAAUCGCCGAGGGACUUCACACGGACCCCGCGGUCGUGGUAGGAGCCACGACGGGCUUUGUGAUAGCACUGGGGAUCGGCCCAUUGGUCCUCGCGCCCUUGUCCGAAACCUUCGGAAGGAGAAGACUGUACCUCACCUGCUUCACUAUAUUCAGCCUCUUGCAGGUACCUUGUGCCCUGAGUCCGAACAUCCAGACGCUUCUGGCUAUGCGCACCCUGUCUGGGUUCUUCGGUAGCGUGGGCAUUGCGAAUGGAGGCGGCACCAUUGGCGACAUGUUCGAAAAAGAAGAAAGAGCUGGUGUGUUCGGCUGGUAUCUCCUAGGACCAUUGCUUGGUCCCAGCCUAGGGCCGCUAUUGGGAGGUGUGAUAGUCCGGCGUCUGGGAUGGAGAUAUAUCUUCUGGAUCUUGACUGCGAUCUGCGGAGUCAACACAUUAGGGGGAUUUAUAUUUUUGAAAGAGACGUAUGCUCCAGUCCUACUAGACAACAAGAGGAAGGAAAGGAUACGCGAAAACCCCCAUGACGACACUGAAUACUGGAUCGAGGGAGAGGACACUCGGCCAUUGUGGAAAAGGCUCGCAUACUCCCUUUCGCGGCCAGGUCGGAUCUUUACGCACCCCAUCGUAUUCACCAUGUCGCUGUAUCAAGCAGUCAUCUUCAGCACGACGUACAGCCUCUACACAAACUUCCAGGACGUUUACGGAGACAAGUACGGAUUCAACACCGAACAGAUUGGUCUCUUGUACCUCAGUCCUGGCCUAGGGUAUCUGUUCGCGGUGCGGUUGCUCGUUCCGAAGAUAGACGUGAUAUACAAGAAGUUGAAAGCCCGCAACAAUGGCGUAGGGAAGCCCGAGUUCAGGCUUCCAUUAGCCAACAUCGGAUCGGUCUUUAUACCGGUAUCCCUGUUUUGGUUUGCAUGGACCGUUCAAGCUCACACGCACUGGGUCGCCUCCACCAUUAGCACCUUCUUCUACGGCAUUGGCCAGGUCAUGAUCACCAACCCUGUGCAGAACUACUACAUCGACACCUUUGAGCAGUAUGCCGCAUCCGCCAUUGCUGCAGGCGCAGUUUUCCGCUCCGUGGUCGGCGGCAUCGUGCCGUUAUUCGCGCCAGCACUCUUCAAGGAGGUCGGGUAUGGCUGGGGCAUCUCGACGUUUGCCUUGAUUAGUUGCGCGCUCGCCCCUGCCCCAAUCCUCUUUUACUGGUACGGAGAAAAGAUUAGAGAGAGCUUUACGGUGCACCUGUAGUAGGUGCAUCUCAGGAGUGUUAAUAAGUACAAACUGGCGUUUGGAAAUGUCUCAACUAGCCUCAUGGGGCGGUAAGAGAACAAGUCAGUUUGAUAGCAAGCGUCGUGCUCUAAGUCUGACCUAAAAUGCUAUCAUAUCUCCAUCCACCAUUUCAGGAGCUACAUUUAGAGCUGCGAGAGGGCUGCAAGUGUGCUGCAUAGUUACAACCCCGUCGGUACUCAUUCGAC